AUGGCGUCAAAAUGCGAUUCGACUCAACCACUGAAACCAUUCGGCGUAAUUUUCAUUCUUGGAGGCCCUGGGGCAGGAAAGGGCACAAUUUGUCCGAUGAUAGCCUCGCAUUACAAUAUGAUACACUUAUCCGCUGGUGAGCUUCUUCGUAAAGAAAUGAACACACCUGGUUCGAGAUUCGCCUCUGAAAUUGAGUCGUGCAUUAAAUCGGGUACAAUCGUGCCUGUUGCCAUAACGUGUUCCCUUCUACAUCAAGCCAUGUUGGAAGGCUACAGCCGACAAAAAUGCGUCAAUUACCUCGUCGAUGGAUUCCCACGAAAUGAAGACAAUAAAACCGGAUGGGAGGCAGCCAUGUCCGACAAAACCAAAAUUCUCCAAGUCCUCGUCUUCGAUUGCCCCGAAGACGUCUGCAUUCAGCGCUGCUUGAACAGGGGCCAUGGCCGAAUAGACGACAACGAAGAAACACUGAAAAAUAGGAUUGCGCAAUUCAAAGUGGAGGGCUUGCCAGUGAUCGACUACUAUGGUGCGAGGGGACUCGUCACGCGAAUCGAUGGAAGCAGGACACCGGAACAGGUGUUCCAGCAAGUUCAGCAUUGUCUCGACCGAAUCAUUCACAAUCAAUAG